CCGAUUCCUUGUCUGCAACCUUCCACUUUUGCCUAUAAAAACAGCUUUAUUAUCAACGUUACAUAUCAUCAAACCAAUCAACCAUUAAUUAGUUGAGAGAAAGAGAAAGCAGGCUGUGAGGGGAGGGAGGAAAAAGAGAUGAAGUCCAAGUGUUCAGUCUUGAUCAAUCUUUUGGUUUGCCAGUACCUGGCAGUUCUUGGUGUUUCUCAAGAUUUUGAUUUUUUCUACUUUGUUCAACAAUGGCCAGGAUCGUUCUGUGACUCAGACAAGAGCAGUUGUUGCUACCCUACAACAGGGAAGCCUGCAGCCGAUUUUGGCAUUCAUGGGCUUUGGCCUAACUACAACGAUGGAUCAUACCCUCAAAAUUGUGAUUCUAACAAUCCCUUCAAUGAAUCCGAGAUUUCGGACCUCAUCAGUAGCAUGAGGAAGAAUUGGCCAUCACUAUCUUGUCCUAGCAGCAAUGGAGAAAGCUUCUGGACUCAUGAAUGGGAGAAACAUGGUACCUGCUCGGAGUCUGUCCUUGAUCAACACGACUACUUCGAAACAACUCUGGGCUUAAAGCAACAAACCAAACUCCUUCAAAGUCUUCAAAGUGCAGGAAUCAAUCCAAAUGGGAAAUUUUACAGCCUGGCGGACAUUAGAGAUGCUAUAAAAGAAGGAACAGGGUAUACGCCAUGGAUAGAGUGCAACAAAGACUCAUCAGGGAACAGCCAGCUUUACCAGGUGUAUCUGUGCGUGGACAAAUCUGGGUCAAACCUCAUCGAAUGCCCUGUUUUUCCUAAAGGAAAAUGUGGGUCACAGAUUGUAUUUCCCACCUUUUAGAUUCUGAUAUAUAUAGGAUCUGUAUUUCUUUAAAUUCCUCGUUUUACUAGUUAUCAGCUUAUCCUUGUAUCUGCUAGUGCUUGGAAUUUGAUAUCUGAAAUUUCAUUAAUAUGAAAUCUACUUAGUUUCAUCAA